CGAAGUCUUUGGAUCAACCAGAGUGGUACUCUCAGUGUCGCGUCUCCAUCAUCGAAUCCUUAUCAGAUCUACCUGCAGUCGGCUCCGCAAUAGUCGACCCAUACCCACGCCUAUCACAUCCGCAGCAGGGCCGUUGUCCCGAAUCUAAUUCGACGUUUCGUCGGCAACUCUCCGAGGAUGAUGGAAUACGCACAAUACCAGCAACAACCGCAAAGCGCACAUUCACAACCGCACAUUCAGACGGGGUAUCCCACCUCCGCAGGCGGCAACAGCAUUACUUCCCCAUCGACUCAACACCUCUCCCAAACAUCACCGAUUCUCCCGUCGCAGCAACAUCAGCCCUCGCCAACACAGCCGCACAGCAUGUAUCAGCCAGGAUAUGGGGUGGCCCAACAAAACAUGCACUAUGGCCUACAAGGGAUGCAGGCUGCUGCCAUGGCUGCCACCGCCGCCGCCGCCGGGUCAUCGUAUCCGUACAUGCCUGGGGAUCCUAGCCUGCAGCAGUCGCCGAGGAUGUCAGGUGUUGGCGCCAAGAAGGAUGCCAGGGCAGGGCCACGUUCGCCGCAGCAGAUGGCCAACAUCCCUCAACAGCGGAGGCUUAGCCAAGUCGCCAGCCCCGGCGUCCCGAACGCGCCCACGAUGCUGAACCACGGCGGGCCCCGCACGGCGGUUCCCCCUCCCAUGUCGGCUGCGCAGCAGAUGCCGCCGCCGCAGUCCCCCGAGAUGGCGUCUGGAGCUGUCGAGGAGUCGCCCCUUUACGUCAACGCCAAGCAAUUCCACCGGAUCCUCAAGCGACGGGUGGCCCGGCAGAGAUUAGAGGAGGCGCUUCGGCUCACUAGCAAAGGCCGCAAGCCCUACCUGCACGAGUCGAGGCACAACCAUGCCAUGCGCCGGCCUCGCGGGCCCGGUGGGCGCUUCCUAACAGCCGAAGAGGUUGCGCAGAUGGAGAGGGAGAAGACGGGUGGCGGACCCGGUGAGAAGACGGAGGAGUCGCCGGUGAGCACCAAGACUGCGACGGGUGGCACGAAGCGCAAGUCGGAAGGCGGCGCGAGCGGGCCGUCGAAGAAGACAAAGCGGGCGAUAUCGACUCCCGAGGACGACGAAGACGAAGACGAAUGAUGACGGAGGCGGCGAGGAUGGAAGAAGAGAGAUGCGGCCGAGGUGUAUGCCCCUUUUAUAUGUCCCAAGACAUGUCAUGAAGUUACGACAAACCCCCCUUACUCUUUGUUUAUCUAAACCGGGAUCGCGCGCGCGCAAAGCGGAAUGAGUUUGGCGAGGAGUCAGUGGGCCGAGCGAGACGGCGUGUUUCGAGUGUUUCUUUUUUUUUUUCCCUUUCAGAUUGGGCAACGCUUGCUCGGGCAUUUUCUGUGCAUCAACACGGCAGCUCUCGGGAGCGACCACUCGUUUUCGGUUUCGAUCGUGUUUUGGUUUCUUGUUCUGGUUGGCGAAGCGGCUCGGG